AUGGUAGGGGAUAAUAUAAGCGGCGAUAGCAGUGCUGUCCAUCCGGUUGAACUGUCAGUGUAUUCAGUAUUGUCUACUGAUUUAGACGGAUUAUAUCAAUCCAUCAAUGAACUACGCGAGUCGCAAGCCCUACUCAUUCUUAUGCUACGGAAGGUUCGCGAUAAACUUCGAAGAGAAAGUCAAGUCCUUUAUGACCCAGAGCCCUUCAAGCCAACCAUGGAUAAACUGGCGGAUUUAUCUACCCGUGUGCACAUUCUCUCGCAGAGGUAUGAGAAGCUUCAGGGAAAUGUCAGGUCCCUUAACAACUAA